CUGAACACUGCUUCCCUCUUGUGUUUAUACCUUGUAUGCUUCGCAGUUGGUUUAACUCGAAACUACAAUAUUAGAAGAACUACAAUUACCAUUAUGCUAGGGAACAAUACGUUGCAUAGGUUGACAGGUCAAACAUUACCAACAAAAUAGGACCCUCGGCUAUCUGCUCGUCUGUUCGAGGAAAAUAAACAACUCUUCUUAGGGAGAAUAACAUCACUCGAACGCUAUAACGUUAAAGUCUGAUCAGACUGCCUCAAAAUGGUCCCAAAAUCCUAAGUGCACGCGUUUGCACUUGUUGUCGCUGGUUUUAAAGACGACAGCUAGCGGGCUAACGUUAGCAAGCCAGCCAUCAUCACUGAACUGGAUAGCUGUCUACACAACAAGGCUACAGCUAUGUUUGUUCAAGAAGAGAAGAUAUUCGCUGGAAAAAUAAUAAAAAUCCACAUUUGUACCAUGGAAGGUACAGAGUGGUUGGAAGAAGUGACAGAGGAUACCACUAUUGAAAAACUCAAAGAGAAGUGCUUGAAACAUGUAAGUGGAGCUUAUGUACAUGGAAGUCUUGAAGACCCUAAAACAAUCACACACCACAAGCUCCUCCAUGCUGCCACGGAGAGGAUCCUCACUGAAACUAAAACCAUUGCAGAUGAAAGUCUAAAAGAUAAAGAUGUGAUUCUACUGAUAAAGAAGCGACCACCGCCACCCCCACCUAAAAUGGCUGACAUAUCUGCAGAGGAAAAGAAGAAGCAAGAAAACAAGGCUCCCGAUAAGGACGCCAUCCUUAAGGCCACCGCCAGCCUGCCCAUCCGCCACACAGACCGCACCGUCACCCAGCACAACAUCAGAGAUGAGGUCCAAAUGAGGUCGGAAGGCCUAAUUUCCAAGGGAGACCUGUUUCAGACGGAGCUCCGGAAAAUUCUUGUCUCUCUUAUUGAAGUGGCCCAGAAGCUCCUUGCCUUGAACCCUGAUGCCGUGGAGCUUUUCAAAAAGGCCAAUGCCAUGUUGGAUGAGGAUGAGGAGGACCGGGUUGACGAGACGGCCCUGCAGCAGCUGACCGAAAUGGGUUUCCCUGAGAGCAGGGCCGUCAAAGCGCUCCGACUCAACCACAUGUCAGUGACCCAGGCCAUGGAGUGGCUGAUUGAGCAUGUGGAUGACCCCGCGGUGGACACGCCCCUGCCUGGCCAGGACACCCCAGGAGCGGUAGGGGCCACAGCCCCCCCUCUGGUGCCCUCUAUUUCAGCCUCCGCCUCGCGACCCAACCUCCUCCACAGCCUCUCCCAGACCAGUACCGAUGCCGCCACAGCCCGCCAGGAUGAGCUCACUGAGAUCUUCAAGAGGAUCCGAAGGAAACGAGAGUUCCGGCCUGACUCGCGGGCGGUCGUUGCCUUAAUGGAGAUGGGCUUUGAUGAGAAGGAGGUGGUGGACGCUCUUCGAGUCAAUAACAACCAACAGGACGCUGCGUGUGAGUGGCUGCUGGGGGACAGGAAGCCAUCUCCAGAGGACCUGGAUAAAGGCAUUGACACCAACAGUCCGCUGUUCCAGGCCAUCCUGGAGAACCCUGUGGUGCAGCUGGGCCUGACCAACCCUAAAACCCUGCUGGCAUUUGAAGACAUGUUGGAGAACCCCCUGAACAGCACCCAAUGGAUGAAUGACCCUGAGACUGGGCCUGUUAUGCUGCAGAUCUCCAGAAUCUUCCAGACACUCAACCGCACGUAAAGACCCUACAGUAACCUGGUGUGUGUGUGCAUGAGUGUUGGUGAGAUUGUGUGAGUGAGUGUGCACGGUUGUGACGUGUAUUGUUAUCGCCUUGAAAAGUCAAAGCCGGAGAUGUUUAAAAGUUUGAAAGACAGAUACAGAGAUAUCUAUUUAUAACACAUAAAACCUUGUAAAACACCAUGUUAACAUGAACAUAAUUAUAAAAAGUAUAAUUAUACAAAUGUUUUUUUUUUUUUACAUUUUAAUAUGAAAAAUGUAUAGUUAUUGCAUACCUGAUUUAUUUAAAAUGAUUUCUCAUGUACAAAGGAGAGACCCAUCAGGCAUCAAACCAAUGUUUACACUUCAGAAACUGUUUUUGUAUGUUUUGCCGUAUUCAAAUAUCAGUUCCAGUUCAAUUUGUUUCCUUUAAAUUGUUACAUUUCAUCAAAGAUGAAUGUUUCCAGUAUGAAGUGAAUUACUCCAGACUUUCUUUAUCAAUUGAUCAUGUGAACAAGAACUUGGCGAUUAUGCUGAAAUAAUGGUUCCACUAUUAACCACGGCUGUGUUCACAAGGGUGAAACGUUUGCAGUGUCACAGAUAGCAAUGCUCUGUAUUUAGAUCAAAUUAUUCUCUUAAACAUAAUGUCUGCCUUCUAAAUGACGAUGGUUGUAUCUGAAAGUUAGGUAACGUUUCACACUGAUUGAUUAGAAAAGCUGGUUAUUCUACAGGGAAAUCGUUGUGCUUAGUGUUGCUACAUUUUGGAAACUUGCCCCAAAAGUUCCACGUUUUCCAGAAAUCACAGUUUGUGGAUUCUGUCCUCAUUCUGGGACACUUUCGACUGGGAUUUCUAGAAACCUUGGCUAUUCUUGGGAAAUUAUGUUAUUUUGCUGUCCUAGUCACAAGAAGCCAGUGUGACAUUACAUGUGGAUUUAGGGGGUCAGACACUUCACUUCUCUCUCUCCUUCAAGCGGUCUGCCCGCGGUGAGUUACACUACGCUCAAAGAAGUGAAGAGGAAGGACAGUUUCUUUGUGUUUCUCCCAAAUAUUUAUUUAACAGCCGCUGCAUAUUUUUUGCCUUUUUAGAAAAGUUUACUAUACUAAACUGUGUUUUUGGUGUCUGUGAAGUUGUGUCUAUGUAAUAACGGUCUUUGGUCUUGAUUUGACAAAAAGAAAUAUCUAGAGACCUAUGUAUUAAUGACUUGUCAGUGUGCUCUGAAUGUCAUCAUGUUCUCGUUCUGCACCUGUUUUCAAUGCUAUUCUGAACAUGACUUUCUGCGCCAGGCUGCACGGUGUUCCCCUUAGACCCGACCACUGGUUCAUUCUGGCACCCUGAGUAGAAUCUUUCGGGGUGCCAGUCGGUUUGUGCGACAGGCCAACUCUUUGUCACCGAUUGUAUCAAAAUAUAUUUGUCUUGACAAUGAACAAUGUAGUUAGUAAGAGCACGAAUUGGCGUUGGGACCAUGUUUCAGGGGAAAUGUAUGCUUGAUCCACAGACUGUUACCUCAAUGAUUGAAAGGGAAUUGAGUGACGAAGGUGUAUCAUUCCUUCCUGCAUUGAAGAGAACGAUCUUAGUAUCAGCAUAUACUCCAGAAGCCAAUGCAUUGAAGAAUUAGACAGGCAGGUGUAUGCAGAGCUCAGUAAAACCGCUUGUCUAGUGGAGCGCCUUUAUUCUUUUUAGAGAAAAGUAGAUGCGAGCUGUUUAACCAAAACAUCAUUCACUUAUUAUUGACUGUGAGAUGACUUGCCUUGUCAGAAACUAGACCAUGAAAAGAACUAUUAUACAGUACAUUUGUGCAAUAGCUAGAAACUAUGGAUGGACUAUUGAGGUAUUAUGUAGACUCGUACAAAUAUAUAUUUGAUUGAAGUGUUAGAAAUGUGUGAAAUUGCAAUGAGUUAGUGAGGCUGUUUUUCCAGUGAUUUAUAAAAAUUUAACCAGAAACGGUGGUACUGCUUUUGAUACAUAUAAAUCAACAUGACUGAUUUCCAGUCUCUUAGGGUGUGUCCCAAAUCAUACCCGAUUACCUAAUAGUGGACUGCUACCGCAUGUGCUAUGGGCUUUGUUCAGAAGUAGUGCACUACAUUAGGGAGGAGGUUGCCAUUUGGGACUCAGAUUUUAAUUGUGAGUUUCUUCUUUAAACAAAACAUGAGGAACAGGUGGUGUGUUUUGCCAAGCUUCUGAGUUUUAUUCAAUAUUUGAAUUGUGGUGUUAAUGUGACUGCGCUCAGGGAGGCUGACAUAGUUUUUUCUAGCUUGACCAACAUGAGGCAAGCCUCUAGUGUGGUGCAAAAAUGGGGCUUUAACUUAUUUGUGCUAACUUGGCUUAUUAAAGAGAGCGUCACUGAAUAAGGUUUUGGUGAAAUGUGAAAUUUGACAGUUAUAAUUAUUUUAUGUUUAGGAGAAGUAUUUGCUUGAGUUGUUUUAUUUAUAUAUAUAUAUACAUACAAACACAAGCCAAAAUUUAGAUAACCUGAAAAUCUGCCCUUCAAGUGAUUUAAAUAAAACAUAUUUAGAGAAGAUCUGUACAAAUUGAGAAUACAGUUUUGAAACAACCUGUCACGGACCUAUUGUGCGGUGUAGCAUUUUUUAAAAAGUUUUCCUGCAUGUUGUAUAGAGGACGAGUCUACAUUAAAGGCCAAAAUACAAAAGGACAAAUGUUCCAUAUGUGGAUUUCUAUCAUGAGAAUAGUUUUUCAUCUACAAGAUCAUGUUUAUUUUUUUGUAAGUUUUUUUCUAUAUAAACUAACAUCAAAUAUUGUAUUCUCCAACUCCUGAGACUGGCAUUAGUUGCCCUUCUAAGAACAGAUCAAUAUCAUCAUUAAAAGCUAAAAGGGGCUUAAUGCAUGUGAGUCAUUUUGGCAGCAAAUUGUUUCCCUUGGUUUUCAGACAGUAUUGGCAAAUACCAACAUCAUAUGCAAUAUUUUCUCCAGUUCUGUUCAGACAAUUAGCCUUGCUCUCAGGGCAUUCAAAUCAGUAUCCCAUUAAAACAUAUUCCUGUUGCUGUAUUCUUUGGAAUCCUAUGCUUCAUUUACAUGGGGGGUCAAAUUAAUGUUAUACUCCCUCAAAUGAUCGCAUUGUCCUGAGAGAAAUCAUAUGUGCUCAAAGCAUUUCGUAACGAAAAGACUGUUUUUAAAGAUGAGAAACAAUUGGAUAAACAAGCAUGGUUUUCAUGUCAUGGUCAGCUAAUGCACGUGCUCCUCUUAAACGGCCUCUUUAAACUUUUACCAGCACGUCGACCUCGACCGCUGGAUGUCAGCUGAUCUGUCGCACAUGGGACGAUCUGUUGACCUGGUACUUUAUCUGGCUGUUGUUCCCGAGGCACCCCCCGAGAAAGCUUUUACUAACAAACUGUCUGAUCUAGUUUAUAUACCUUUUUUGACGUCACUCCUGGCCAUGUUAUUGUGAAUUUGUUCACUCUUCACCUGUGGUAAAUGUGAACCGCCUUGUAACGUCACACACGUUUGUUUACUACCAAUAAAACAAUUUUGAAUUUA